CAUACAAAAACGGUUAAUGUUACAAAUAUCAAUGACAUUUUUGAGACGGGGCAACAGCAGUCAUAUUUCAAAAGUCUACGGGUCAACAUGUUCUUUAAGUUGACGGCGGUAUUAGUCCUCCUGCUUCAUAUGACUCAUUCAUAUGAACGGUAUUAUUGGAUGCAUGAACGAGCUUAUUCGUACUGUCAACCAGAUGAAGAAUGCACAAGAAUGGAAAGGUGCCCAAACUCGUAUUACUAUCAAAACAAUAUUCGUAAACCAUGUAACACCAAUGGCAACUUUGUCUGCUGCCCUAAGCCGGCAUUAUCAAACUGUCAGCCCGAUGAGCAAUGUAUGAGUCUAAGCAACUGUACGGCAUUAAAUGAUGUUCUCGAGUCCGCGGACAUGAAGAGGAUCAAAAAUAAAAUAUUACAGGAAAAGGAAUGUGGUAAUAAUUUGUAUUGCUGUCCAAAAUCAGCUCAUCAAAAACCUGAUGAGUUUUGCACCCGGCUAGAAAGGUGCCAAUUGCAUCUACAACCGACAAGGAAUAAUGUACAAAAGUUAAUAAGCCGACACUGUGCCACCGAUCCUCUUCAGAGGUUUUCAGGCCAGAGGAUCUUCAUUUUCUGUCCGCGGCCAAAUUGUCUACCCGAAGAGCGCUGCCUAAGUAGAGAUAAAUGUGUACCAUUAAAGUACAUUAUCAAAUCUACGGAAGGAAGACAUGCGUCUAAUAAAGUAUUAGGAGAAAGGCAAUGUGGCACCAGUAGAUACUGCUGUCCAUUCCUACGUAACGAUACGCUAAAUAAAAAUCUAUUAGAAUUUCCUAAUUGUAAACCCGAUGAGAGUUGCAUUCCAAUUGGAAAAUGUCCACACAUGCUUGGGAUCCUUAAGAAUGCAACCAAACAAGUCAUGGAAGAAAUAUAUAAGAACAAAUUGUGCACCCUCGAUUACAGACGUAGAGAUUUAGAAGAUCGCGUAUACACCUGCUGUCCGAAUCAAGGUAACUUCCUACCGAUGGACAGUCACCGACAGUGCGGACAAAUUCCAGGUUCUUACCGAAUGUCGCAAGGCAAUGAAUUGGCUCUCAAUCAAUUCCCCUGGAUGGCGAUGCUUCUUUAUGAGAAUACUUCAGAAUCAAAUCGGGAUCGAACUCUUGCUCCCCAGUGUGGCGGAUCUUUGAUCAACAACUGGUACGUCCUAACGGCAGCCCAUUGUGUCACCAAGUUAGAGUCUUUUACUCUGAAGAGGGUCCGCCUGGGAGAGCAUGACACCAGGACUCCGAUAGACUGUCAAGAAAUAAGCUCUCUAAAAAAGAGGUGCGCUCCACCCUAUCUGGAAAUCGACGUGAAGGAGGUAAUUUUCCAUGAAAGUUUCUAUGUACGCCGGGAAUUCGCAAACGACAUCGCUCUGGUGCGACUUGAAAAACAAGUCCGGUAUACGAAAGAAAUCAACCCGAUAUGUGUCCCGAAAGCUAGUUUUUCCUUAGAGAAUCUCAACUUAGAAACAGCCGGAUGGGGCGUCACGGAAAACGGACCCAGUCAUGUAUUAAUGCACAGCACCAUUUGGGAAAAUAAGACGUACUGUAAAGAUAUAAAAAAAAUGGACUUCGAACCCGAUCAACAAAUAUGCGCAGGUGGCCAGCAUAAACGCCAUACCUGUAGAGGCGAUUCCGGAGGUCCUCUGAUGGUUACCAAGACUUUAAAUGGAUUCGUGGAAUACGUAUAUGUAGUAGGCAUCACUUCCUUUGGAUUUCAUAAUAAUACUUGCGGAGAGCAGACCAUUCCAACUAUUUUCACAAGGACUGGAGCGUAUUUUAACUGGAUUCGGAAGCACUUAGAGCCUUAAUUAUACCCGUUACUCGUAGAUUAAAAGGGUACGUUAGAUUCGUCGGGAAGCUUGUAACAGGUAGAAGAAAGCGUUUCCGAUCAGAAUCACCAGCCGAGUCGAUCAAGCCAUGCCAAAUAUUGUUCCAAUCAGACCAUUCAUUACAAAGUAAUAAUCAAAUGAAGUGUGCAAUCUCGGAAACAGUCGAUUUCCUGCAUGCCUACUUCCAUCUCCUUCGCACUCCCUUUAGCUGAGUUAUGUGUAUCUAAUAGUGGAGGCCGUCGACUAUAGCGUUCUUUCUUGUUAGAAUCUCAGAACAAACUAAAGCUUGCAAUUAAUCUACCUCAAAUAAAUACUACUAACUAUGCUAUCUGAAAAAAAGUUGUAAAAUUUCAGAAACUUUUUAGUUUUUCAAACUUUUUAGUCUAUUCGAAGAAAGUGGUCAUCCUGGCCAUCCUAACUGAUCCAAAAAAACACCAGACUGGCGAUAAUGAUUAGAUUUACAAUUGGGAUUAUCGUGCGGCACAACAAAUAGGCGUGCCACCAAAAUACCAUCAGACCGAAUCAAAACAAAACAUCCAUCAAAGCGCGACGAGAAAACAAAAGGCGAGGAAACUAAAUAAAAUGGGGAGGGAAAAAUGAAAAUGGGAAAUGCUCGAGGAAACCGCGGGCCUAAGACAAAAGAUUUACAAUAUCGCUGGUGAAGAUUUAAAGGUGAUUUCCAAAGAUAUAUAUUGUGCCUGAGCAGCGAUAAAUAAACACAACUUUUUGACUAUUUUUA